CCCGGAAACAACAUGGUUGUUUUGGUAUCCGCUAGUACAGCAGUCAUCUGUCAAAAGAUUAAGGAAAACUUUAAAUAGCCAGCUUUGGCAACUGGAUUAAGGACGCUCGUCAGUAUCAUUUUCAUUAUGUUUUGUCCGAGUUGAUGAAGCGAACUGUGUUUCGAGUGAAAGUCAGACAUUUAGUAAAUUUAGCGAACCACGCUAGCUAGUUAGCUUGUCACUCUGUCAACAAUUUGGUGUUCAGCAUGGACUGCACGGCGCUGGAGCUCGAUGCUGUCAAAUUUGCCAAAACAGCUGUCACCUAUGACCAGAGCGGCAAAUAUAACGAGGCUGUAUUUUAUUAUAAGGAGGCAGCCCAGGCCCUGAUAUAUGCUGGCAUGGCAGGGUCCAAACUGGAGGGAAUCCAGGACAAAGUGAACGAGUACUUGGAUCGAGUCCAAGCCCUCCACAAUGCUGUCCAGGCCCAGAAGAGCGACCCGCUGAAGUCACGGCAGCAUGUGGACCUGGAGCGAGCCCACUUCCUGGUCACCCAGGCUUUCGAGGAAGACGAGAAGGGAAAUGAUGAUGAAGCCAUUGAACUGUACACCCAGGCUGUGGAGCUGUGCAUAAGCACGUCCAACGAGACGUCGGACCAGGCACUGCAGACCAAGCUGAAGCAGCUGGCGCGUCAGGCUUUAGACAGGGCGGAGGGUCUUAAAGAAUCCCAGUCCAAAUCAACUCCAACUCAGGACAGGACGGGGCCUGCUGGAGCCAAGCCCAGCAGUGGUGCCAGUUCUGGGGGGCCGGUCCGCCAGUUCUUCCCCCUCGGGCCAGACUUCAGCCUCAAUGACCGACAACAAGCCCAGCCGGUCCGGGCGGUGCAGUCCAGCGAGCCCCAGGGUCAGCGCUACACGUCGGAGGAGAUCGAGGUGCUCAGGAGUACAUCUACAAUCAAUGGAAUAGCCUAUGUGCCCUUCAUGAGUGUGGACCUGAGGGAAAGAUUUGCCUUUCCUGUCCCUUUCUCGGACAAAACAGGGAAACUGGCACUGUCACCCAAACAGAAAGCCAUCUUCUCCCGCUGGGUCCGGCCAGACGAGAUCUGCAAUAACCCCACCAUGAUCAUGUCUGUGUCCAGCUUCAGCAUCAAACAGACGGUGGUUUCCGACUGUUCGUUUGUGGCGUCGCUAGCCAUCAGCGCGGCGUACGAGAGGCGCUACAACAAGAAACUCAUCACCAGCGUCAUCUUCCCCCAGAACCGACGAGGGGAACCGGAGUAUAACCCCUGUGGGAAGUACAUGGUCAAGCUUCACAUCAACGGAGUUCCCAGGAAGGUGAUUAUAGACGACUACCUGCCGGUGGAUCAUAACGGGGAGCUGCUGUGCUCCUACUCCAGCAACAGGAACGAGCUCUGGGUCUCCCUGAUAGAGAAGGCCUACAUGAAGGUGAUGGGAGGCUACGACUUUCCUGGCUCCAACUCGAACAUCGAUCUGCACGCGCUCACCGGCUGGAUCCCCGAACGCAUCGCUAUGCACUCAGACAAUCAGUCAUUCAGCAAGGACGACACUUUCCGUAUGCUCUACCAGAGGUUUCACAGAGGUGACGUCCUUGUCACCACGGCAACGGGGGUGAUGACAGAGGAAGAAGGGGAGAAAUGGGGUUUAGUGCCAACACACGCCUACGCUGUUCUUGACAUCAGGGAUCACAAGGGAAUGCGUUUCCUGCAGCUGAAGAAUCCGUGGAGUCACCUGCGGUGGAAGGGCCGUUACAGCGAGCGUGACGAGAAGAACUGGACACCCGAACUCCUCAAGUACCUCAACUUUGACCCCAAAACGGCACAGAAGUUUGACAAUGGUGUUUUCUGGAUCGCCUGGGAGGACCUUUGUCAGUACUAUGAUGUCAUCUACCUGAGCUGGAACCCCGCCCUGUUCAAAGACUCCUCCUGUAUUCACAGUAGCUGGGAUGGGAAGCAGGGCCCAGUGAAGGACGUCUACAGUCUGGCCAACAAUCCCCAGUACAAGCUGGAGGUCCAGUGUCCGACAGGGGGAGCUGCUGUGUGGGUGCUGCUCACCAGACACAUCACUGACAAGGAUGAUUUUGCACAAAACAGGGAGUUCAUCACUCUUGUUGUUUACAAGACGGAUGGGAAGAAGGUUUACUACCCAGCGGACCCCCCUCCUUACAUCGACGGCAUCCGCAUCAACAGCCCGCACUACCUGACCAAGAUGAGGCUGACCAGCGCAGGAACACACACCUUCACACUGGUGGUUUCCCAGUACGAGAAACAGAACACCAUCAACUACACACUGCGGGUGUACUCCGGAUGCAAAUUCUCCUUCUCCAAGAUCCCAAAUCCCUUCACUCAAACCAAAAGGAUCAACGGCCAGUGGAAGGGGCCGAGCGCUGGAGGCUGUGGGAACUAUAAGGAUUCAUACAAACACAACCCCAUCUAUCAGAUCAACCUGGAGCGGCCGGGACCGCUGCUCGUCGAGCUCCGAGGAUCCAGGCAGUACAGCGUUGGUUUUGAGAUGGUGACAGUGUCGAUGGUGGGGGAUCCAGGCCCGGCUGCCUUCCAGAAAAAGAACAGUGGAGAUUACAGGUGUGGCUUCUGCUACAUGGAGGUGGACUACGUCCCAGCAGGCCUCUACAACGUCAUCCCCACCACCUUCCUGCCCAAACAGGAAGGACCCUUCUUCUUGGACUUUGCCAGCACCUCGCCCCUCAAGGUCUCCCAGCUCCAGUGAAGACGGCGCUGCAGCGAGGACGGGGCUGGGAGAGAGAUCAGUUAGAGCCCAGCGAGCGAUGCAUCCAUCCAGGCAGGUGAAGGAAAGGGUCAUCAUCAUGAUGUCUCCGUAAAAGACAGUGGCGUCAAUCAUAGCCAGUUUGAAAUGACAGCUGUCUCUUGGGAAUAAUGCGUGACCCUGCCGAGGGAAAAACUAGCGAGAUUGCUUUCCUGGCUGUGACUUUAACUGUGUUUAUCACGUUAUCACUUCUCCACUGAAAGCAAAAAUAAAGAACUGCUACAGAAAUCAAGCUGUUCCAAGAUAUAAAUACAAUAAAAUAAGAUAAUAAACAAGAAACCACAAAGAAAUAAAUGAAUCUUAGGCUCAUGAUAACUAGGGCUGCAACUAACAAUUAUUUUCAUUGUCGAUUAACCUGACGAUUAUUUUUCUCGAUUAAUCGAUUAGUUGUUUGGUCUAUAAAGUGGCGAAAAAUGUCGAUCUGUGUUUUUGCAAAGCCCAAGAUUGUGAUCGCCCUUGAAUGUCUCGUUGGGCCCUUUACUCAAUGCUAUUCAGUUUACUGUAACAGAGGAGUGAAAAUACAGACUUUUAGAAGCGGGAAUCAGAGAAUUCGGUUAAUCGGUUAUAAUUGUUGCCGAUUCACUUAAAAGUUGACAAUGAAUCGAUUAUUCUUUGGAGCUCCAAUGAUAACUCGUUGUUGUUGAGCCUGGACAUUUUCAAUGGCUUUUCAAAACUAACAUCUUUUAACAAUAGGGGCUUUCC